AUGGUUAAACAACCAGAGACUCCACUCAUUAAUGGCAAAACAAAUGGUUUUGCAACAAAGAAUGGCAUUUUGAAUGGUAAAAUUGCUAAUGGAACAACAAAUAUUAGCAACGGACAUUUACCCAAUGAUCAACAAAUAAAAAUUCGAUUGGCGAAGCCUGAGGACGCAAAAGUUUUACGCUCACUGAUUCAAGAACUGGCAGACCAUCAAGAAAUGCCUGAUGGACCUCGAAUUUCUGCUGAACAGAUUGCACAGGAUUUUAGUUCUGGUUUUAUGCAUUCAUUGGUAGCUUUUGGAUCCAAAGGAGAAAUGGCAGCUUAUGCUCUUUACUAUUUGCCUGGAUCGAGUACUCAAGGACAAAUACUGCAUUUAGAGGAUCUUUACAUUCGACCACAAUUUCGACGACGGGGAAUUGGUCUACAUUUGUUGAAGGAAUUGGAAAAGAUUGCCAAUGCUAAGCAUCUUCCUUUCUUGGAAUGGCAAGUAUUACGUUCCAAUCACGGUGCCAUUCACUUCUACAAAACACUGCCAGGAUUAAUUGAUGAGACUGAUGGGAAGGAAUUUAAUAAAUCUAUCUUUUGGCGUUUAUCUUCUCAUGCAUUCGGGCAUAUUUUGCGAAAGGCGGCGAAACAAGAGCAGAAGGAAAACAAUGAAAAAUUGAUAAUGGAAGUUCAUUUGGAUGAAUGCAGCGGCAGUGCCCAAAUCUCUGAAAGAAACGCUUUUCACCUUGCUGAUCAGUGGCAUUCUUUGGUUAACUCGCCACGAAAUGGGGAAAUAAUUAGGGAAGAGGAAGGAGAAGAGGAGAAUAAUGGAAGGAAGGCAUAUAAAUUCCUCAACAGACGUUCUUUGGCUAAACAAAUAAAUUCUGGUUUACUUGGAGCUAUUGUUGUGAGGAAAGAGCAAAAAGCAAUAGAAGAAGAAAGGAAGAAAAUUGUUGGGAUGGCUUUCUUCCAUAGAAGGAGUUAUUCGACUUGGCAAGGAAGGUUCCCCGUUUUGGAUAAUAUUUUUGUGGCGGAUUCUGCUCGUCGAAAGGGUGUUGGAACUGCUAUUAUGGCAGAAUUAGUUAAGAUUGCUCACACAAUGGGGGCAACUAAAAUUCAGUGGGAUGCACACGAACCAACUGCAAUUAAUUGCCAACACGUGCCUUUCUUCAAAUCGUUAAAUGCCGAUAAUUUAACUGACGACGAGGGCUGGUUGCUAUACCGUUGGCAUUAUAACCAACAAAAACAAUAUACUAAUGGAGAAAUAACUGAAAUUAAAGAGAAUGGUGUUAGUAAAAAGAAUAAUAUUUUGAAUGGAUGCUAG